CCGGGCGUCAAAAUCCGAUGGCGGCUAACUACAAUUCCUCCCUUACUCUGAUCGCCAUCUUCUCUCUCUUCCUCGCCACCACCGCCGCCGGCCGUUUUAUAACAACCACUUCACCUUCAAUAUCCGACGGCGUUAACAAUGAUGACCGGAGCAUACUCCGCCUUAACCCUCUCUUCACAUCGUCACCGGAAGAGUGUGAACAGACGUACGGGUUCAUGCCCUGCACCACCACCGCUGCCGGAAACCUCUUCCUCAUUGUCGUCUAUGGUUACCUCAUGUUCCUCGCCGCCACUUAUCUCUCCGCCGGCAGUGAGCUGUUGUUGGCAAUUCUAGGACCAGGUCUGGUCGGCGGCCUCUGCCUUCCUGCUCUUGGUGCACUUCCCGAUGCUAUGCUUAUUCUUGUAUCUGGACUCUCAGGGAGCACAGAAACUGCUCAAGACCAAGUAUCGGUUGGAAUGGGGUUGUUGGCUGGUUCCACAGUGAUGCUUCUUACAAGCAUAUGGGGAACAUGUAUCGUUGUUGGCAAGUGUGAUCUACAAAACUCGGUAGCUCAAGAUAACAAAGACACCAAAGGGUUCAACUUAAUAGGCUCCGGUGUGAGUACUGAUAUUUGGACUAGCUAUUCUGCGAUGAUAAUGGCUGUAUCUGUGCUUCCAUUUAUAGUCGUUCAAUUCCCCCAAAUUCUACAUUCCACUUCAGGAAGACACACUGCGGUGUUAGUAGCCCUCGUUCUUUCCGUUUCUCUUCUCAUUGCAUAUUGUCUUUAUCAGGUUUACCAACCAACAUUGCAAAAGAGACACCUUGAUUUCGCAAAGCAUAAGCACGUACGAUCUAGGAUUCUCAAGUACUUGAAGAAACGGGCACUUGGAAGACUUGUAGAUAGCCAUGGUGAACCUAAUAGAGAAGUUCUAAUAAGGUUGUUUAAUUCGAUUGAUGCUAAUCAAGAUGGAAGCCUUUCGAUUCCAGAACUAAGGGCUUUAAUAGUAGGAAUGCAAUUAUACGAGAUAAAUUUAAACGAAGAUGAUGCAGUGGCUAAAGUUAUGAAAGAUUUUGAUACGUCUGAAAAUAACGAAGUUGACUUCGAUGAAUUUAUUGAAGGGAUUGGAAGAUGGCUUGAGGAGGCCAAGGGUUUCAAAAGGACUACUUCUGAUGUUGGACCCGAUUCAUUGAAGUAUGUUCAUGACUAUUAUGAGGAGACAAAGAAAGAGCACGACCUUUUGGGAGAUCAAACUCAUGAAGAAGAUGAAGAAGAAGAAGACGGGGUGGAUGACCCUCGCCGGACCACCAUUAAGGCAGUGUUACUCUUGUUAUUGGGCACCGUGAUCGCGGCGGCAUUUGCUGAUCCGCUAGUGGACGCGGUCGGUAAUUUUUCGGCUGCAACAAGUAUUCCUUCUUUCUUUAUUUCGUUCAUUGUGUUGCCAUUUGCUACGAAUUCUAGUGAGGCAGUGUCGGCUAUCAUCUUUGCUACACGCAAGAAACAAAGAUCUGCAUCUUUGACUUUUUCCGAGUUAUAUGGAGCAGUAACAAUGAACAAUGUACUUUGCUUAUCGGUGUUCUUAGCACUUGUAUAUGUCCGAGGAUUGACAUGGGAUUUCUCAUCAGAAGUUUUAGUGAUUCUAAUUGUUUGCAUUGUUAUGGGCGUUUUUGGAAGUUGUCGAACCACAUUCCCACUAUGGACAUCAUUCUUGGCUUUCUUGCUCUACCCAUUCUCCCUCAUCCUAGUAUACGUUCUUGACUAUGGUUAUGGUUGGUCAUAAACACCUUUCUCAUGUUAUUCUAGUUCAAAAUAAAUGUAACAUGAAAAGUUCACCAUUUCAAUGAAAAUAUAUCAAAGUAAGUUGUUUUUUUUUUUUUUUUGUUUGGUAUGGUGGGACAUUUUUGUUUGUUGAUUCUUUUCUAAAAUUGUAUGAUCACACUUAAAUGCCAGUUUCACAUUAAUGCUAAUUUAG